CAUUUUAUCUGUGUGAAUUAUUGAUACAUGUGUAUGGAAGGAUAUUAUCUUCAAAGGAAUUUAACGUGGAAGUAAAUAUCUAAGCCGAUUAUAGAUAUCACACAUGAAGUCGCGCACCUGUUUGUCUGCCGCCACGGUAGAAGGAAUAACGUAUGCAGCAUGUCAGUCGUUGGUCUGCAUCAUGAUUCUUUGUGUUUUGUUACCUUUUAUAGUGGUCUUGAUAUGCAUGGCGGAAAACAUUCACAAAUGCGCGGAAUUCUAUGAUCAUGACAACUAUAUCAUUACUAACCUUCACCAGAAUGGUUCGAAACCAACAACGGUUAACCAGACCUGCAACUACGAAAUAGUCGCACCACUGGGCCAGCAAAUGGAAAUUGUCUUUGAUGUUGCCUUUCACUUUCCUGUUAAUUGUGUACCAGCAACAAAACCUGCUUACGGGAUCUUCAUAUCUUACACUCAUUACGACAAUGUGACGUAUUAUGACGUCAUUUGUAAUAACAAAUCAUCGUAUUUAGUGCGUUCCGUUGGAAGAAGACUUUAUCUGAAGUUCGUCAUGAGUGGUGUUUCAUUCUCAUACAGGGGGAAAUAUUACUACGUUCAACCUUCUGACUGCAUUCAUUACACUUGUCUUAAUGGUGGAACAUGCCUCACCACCAAUGGGGAGCGCUUCUGCAUAUGCCAAUCUGGUUUUUCCGGAUUAGCCUGUUCAGAGUGUUCGAAUUUUACUUGCUACAAUGGCGGCUCCUGUGUUAUGUCGAUAGACGAAAGACCAUCUUGUGUGUGUGACAUCCAUUUCGGAGGAACCCAUUGCGAGAAAAGCACAAAUCCGUGUCUAUCUAACCCCUGUCUAUUUGGUCGCUGUGAUAUUAUGACGUCAGUGGAUACCAAAAGGGCACAGAGUCCAUUUGUGCCGUCAUAUCUGAGCAAGGCAAAACAAAGUACAACAUCAAUAGAUAAAACUACACUUAUAACAGAACAUACGUUAAAUGAUCAAAUUAAUACCAUUUCACAAGAGAGAAGCAUAAACGCGUGGAGAUGCGCGUGUUAUCCGGGGUAUACAGGUGUUCAGUGUGAGAACAACAUUAAUGAGUGUAAAUCUAGCCCAUGUUUACAAGGACAAGAAUGCAUUGAUGGUGUAAACCAAUACGAGUGUUCUUGCAAUCAUUGCGUAUUUGGGUUAUGCGUGGUGGAUGGAACCAGCGUAGUGUGUCGAUGUUUUCCUGGGUUCACGGGAGAUAACUGUUCUCGAAAUGUCAACGAGUGCGACUUCAGUCCUUGUAUCCAUGGAGACUGCGUUGAUUUCGUUAACGGUUACGUCUGCUCUUGUCAUGAGAACUACACAGGUAGGAAUUGUGACGUCUCCAUAAGAAGUAGUUUGAAUGAGACUAUUAAAACCAAUACAAGUAUCUGCUCUAACUAUUUUUGUAAAGACGGAGAGUGCAUGGAACAAGAUUCAGUUCCGUUUUGUCGAUGUUCCACGGGCUUUACUGGAACAAGAUGUGAUGUUCCACUAUCCGUUCUUGUUCCAAAUAACAUCACAUUUGUAUCACAGAAACACGAGUGUUUUAUGAAGAAAGACCUUGAGAACAUCUGCAGUUGUGUAACUUCAUUGUGCCAAAGAAGUCUAAAUUCGUCAGCAUGUGAUGCGGUUAUGAUACUAUCAUCACUAAAAACAAUAUGUACUGUAGAUUACAACAUUUCUUUGUGUCUUUCGUUUUAUGACUCAAACAUUGUAUUCAUAUUGCAGAAUCUUUGCAUUCAGGAACAAAAUAGAACAGCUCUUUCGAAGCCAGUUGGAAAUGCUACCAUUACAACGUUUGCUCCAGAGUCCUGGAACACACGUUUGUUGUUCUCAUAUGUUCUGUUAUGCAAAUUGUCAAAUAGUGAGGAACCUAUCAGAAUUGAGUUGCUUCCGUUUGGAUAUUCUCGUGGGAAUUCUCAAUCAGUUUACCUUUACUCGGAGUGUAUCGUGAAUACGUCAGACACGUUGAUAGUUUCUAACUGUUCAAUAUCAAGCAUCACAAUACAUUUCAAUUUUUCAAAAUCCCUAAUUUAUCUGAAGACAAUUUCUUUUACGAUAAGAGGUGUUGAGACUUAUAAUUCGUCCAAUACUCAUCUAGAGACCAUAGGCAGUGGUGAGGACUUUAAGCGGACUAUGAAGAUGUCCAUGAUAUCUAAGAUGGUGUCACUUGACAACACUACUUUGUUGUUCAAUUCGAGUUAUAAUGGAGAAGCAUUGUACAGCUGUAAUAGACUUUGCGAUGAAAGGUACUGCAGGCAAAAAUGUUGCGAGCCUGAGUUGACCAAACAUUUGAUGAACUACGAACCAAAACUGGAAAAGAAAUCUCAAUGUCACUGCCCCGACACUAUUAAAACAGAGGGAAUAUGCAACAUUACAAAUGAUAUCACAGGAUCUGAAGACAGAAGAUCUUACUUAGCGUUGUACAUCGCCGCAGCUGUUUCUGUGUUUCUUAUCGUGUUGAUUCCUGGCUCCGCCUAUUUCUUUGUAAAGCGAUCAAAACAGAGAGGAGAAGCCAAGUUUCCAAAUCUUAUAUGUUCAUCUUCAAAGGUCUGGCCUUUACACUCACCACAUGAUUGGCCUAAUGAAAUAAACAAUUCUAGUAAUUUGGAAACGACAGUGAAAGAUGCCAUCAGGCCAGCAAAUGAUAACAGGGUUGUAAACUUAGAUGGAGUAGAAACCGGCAAAACCGACGUCUAAUUGUUUUUUUCCUUAACACGCAACUGGUUUUAUAAGUGUUGAUUGUGUAAGAGUAAUCUCAUGCUUAUGAUAUUAUCAUGUAUUGUAUUUUGUCAUUGAAGAAUUCUAUUUUGUCUUUUAUAUUAGAUGACAUAUCAAACCAAAUUUUACAUUGUUUUAUGAAUUGACAUGUAAAUAAGUACAAUGAAUUGAUUUGGUUUCUUCUAAAUCUCACGAGUUGCGCUAGAAAGAUGAUUAAAAUGUUAUAAAGAUGACUGGAAUGAAAUAAUUUCUUAUUGAAAAUAAGAAACAUGGUCUUUUGUUUGUUUUUAAUCUGCAUGAUAUCAUACACGUAAUUUCUUUAUAAAAUAUUAACAAAAACAAUGUAAUAGUUAUGUUUUCUAAAAAAAUAUUGGCCACUAUUGUGUGUAAAAAAAAAUAAAAAUGCAAUCUUUAGUACUCUUUUCAGAAACUUUGGAAAAUAUUAUUUUGCAUUUUAACAAAUGGUAAUUUUUUUUUCAAGAAAUUUGAUUCGUCGCAAAAAAUGUCAUUCUAAAUGGCACGAAUUUUAGAAUUAAACUGAAAUCCUGUAUACCAAAGUUUGUCCUUGAUACUUGAUCUGUGUUUCAAAUUGUUUUUGUGUUUCUGGUCUUAAAUAUUUCUUGACAUGUAUAUUGUAUGUUAGACAAACUCUUAUGAAGAAAUCAACUUUUAUGAACGACAUAUAUGAUUGUUAUGUUAUUAUUGUGUUCAAUGACAAGAUUGAACUAAAUUAACCAGAUUAGAAAUAAAAAAAAUA